AUGUACUCGAAGUUCUGGCCUAAGGGUGGCCUCCCCGGCAUCCUUCACCACUAUGUUAGUCCUCCCCUUAUAUGCCCACUGGCACCACUCACGCAACCCAUGCAGAGAGAAACUCUAGUGACCUUCGAAUACACCCAAAGCACCACCACCUACAAACCACACAGCCUCCUCUUUGUGGGUGGGCUGGGCGAUGGCCUCGCGACGACGUCCUACCUGGCCGAUGUGGCCCGCGCACUCAUGCCCACAGACUGGUCCCUGUUCACGCUAAACCUGACCUCGUCCUAUCAAUCCUGGGGCCUAGGGCAUCUCGACCGAGACACCACCGAGAUCGCGGAGUGUAUUCGCUACAUAAAGGACUACAAGAGGAGCCAGUUUGGCGACGGCAAGAUCGUCCUCAUGGGCCAUUCCACAGGGAGCCAGUGCGUGCUGCAUUAUCUCUAUCGGCCGAAUCCUCUCACCGACGUCCCGGAUUUCGAUCGAGAGCUGCAGCAUGUGCAGCGGUUGCCCCUUGAUGGAGCUAUUAUGCAGGCGCCUGUGUCUGACCGGGAAGCGAUCCAGUGGGUGUUGAAGUGGGGGAUUGGCGAUAGGACCCCUGAGGAAUGUCGGGAGGCAUAUGACAAGAUGGUCGCUAUCGCCAGGGAAGCGGAAGAUAAUCCUAACGCCGGCGGAUUUGAUGUCAUGUUACCACUUGAGCUGACAUCUGUUAUAUACCCAGCGAACACGCCCAUCAGCUGUCGGAGAUUCCUGAGUCUAGCAAGUCCGGAAAGUCCCCGGCUGCCUCGUGAGGACGACCUGUUUAGCUCGGAUCUAAGUGAUCAGGAGCUGGAGAAGACCUUUGGGAUGAUCCACGGCCGAGGACUCCUACGUGGCAGGCUGAUGGUCCUCAUUUCCGGGGCGGAUCAAGCGAUGCCGGACUGGGUCGAUAAGGAGAAGCAGUUGUCGCGGUGGGAGAUGGCCAUGGACAGGAAUGGGCAGGUCGCAAUCUGGGAUCAGGAGCACAGCGGAAUUAUUCCAAAUGCGUCUCAUGCAUUGAGCGAUGAUGACCAGGCAGAGCCUCGCAAGUACCUGGUUGAGAGGGUGCUGGCAUUCCUGAGAACGCUUGGGGAUGGAGCAGCCUAG